AUGGAGAAAUUAGCAGCAAAGAGAAGGCAGCUAAUUAAAACAUUAGCAAUUGCUGCACUUUUAUUCUUCUUCCUUUUUCCUUUCUUUCAACAAUCUUUUCCUUCUAGGAAUUCUUUCACAUUAUUUGGUUAUUCAAGAAAACAUCAAAUAUGGAGCAAGGAAAAUGGCAUCAAUCCUAUGGGAAAGAAAGAAGCAAUGAAGUUUAACAACUUAAGAAGACUAGUAAGAGGGAAAGAUCUAGCACAACUUGAUUCAACAGGAGUUUCAUGCAUCUAUGACUUUCACUUCGAACAAUGCAUCAUCAACAAACCAGUGAUCAUCCCAUCCAAUCAACCCAUGACUGUAUACGUACCGUCUGAUCAACCAUCAGAAAAACAGACGGUGCAGCCCUAUGCAAGAAGAGAAGAUCCAACGGCUAUGGUUGAAGUUACACCAAUACAAAUACUUCAUGGAAGAAAUAUAUUAACCAGAAAAAAUGCUUCUUCUUAUUGUGAAGUUAAUCAUGGUGUUCCAGCUGUGAUAUUCUCAACUGGUGGAUUUAUUGGAAAUAUGUUUCAUGAAUUAAAUGAGAUUAUAAUUCCAUUAUUCAUCACAUCAAGACAUUUUGAUUCAAAAGUGCAAUUUAUGAUUACAGAUUAUGCAGAUUGGUGGGUUAAAUAUAAGUUUAAUAAGUUCAUCAAAAAGUUAUCUUCUUUUGAAGUUAUAGAUGGUGAUUCUGAUGGAAGAAUUCAUUGCUUUCCAAGUGUUGUUAUUGGUCUCAGGUACCAUGACAAUUUAGCACUCAACAGCUCAGAUAUUCCAGGAGGCUAUACAAUCGCUGAUUUCAGGAAGUUCAUUGGUGAAACUUACAACUUAACCAUAUACGGGCCAAUCAAGCCCAACAAAAGGCCCAAAAUUCUCCUUAUAUCUCGCAAAGAAACAAGAGUCAUACUUAACGAAGAUGAAAUGGUUAAGAUGAUGUCAAAUAUGGGCUUUGAGAUCCACAAGUCCAUGGCCCACCAAACAAUUAAAUUGGAUCAAUUUGUUGAAAUUGUCAACUCAUGUGAUAUUAUCAUUGGGGCCCACGGGGCUGGACUAACAAAUGAAGUGUUUCUCCGAGAUGGGGCCGUGGUGAUCCAAAUUGUACCAUUAGCCCUUGAUUGGGCUUCUGAUACAUACUUUAAAAGCCCGGCCCAUCAGAUGGGUUUAAAGUACAUGGAAUACAAAAUUGGGCCCAAAGAGAGCUCUUUAUAUGAUGUAUAUGGUCCAAAUGAUCCAAUUGUUUCGGAUCCAUUGGUUGUGUUUGAAAACGGGUAUAGGGCAGCAAAAGCACUAUUUAUCGAUGGACAAAAUGUCACCGUUGAUUUAGCUAGGUUUAAAGGAACUCUCAAUGAAGUAUUGAAGUAUUUGGGAUAUCCAAGCGUUUAAAAUAUAAAUGAUAGAAAAAAGUGUAUAUAUAAGUACUUGUAUUUCUUAUGUUAUUUUGAAAUGGAAUGAUAUUAUAAAUA